CAAUGGAAUUUGAUGAAGAGAAACCAAAAGAUGCUAAAAUUGAUAGAAAAAGCAGAAAUGAUUCUUCAAAAACUUCAAAAAACAAUGAAGACAAAAAAGAUGUUUUGAAGAAUUUAGCGGAAAAAGAACCGGCACCGCCUGUAAAAAGAGAGCCUCUGUCUUUGGAAGAACUUUUAGAAAAGAAGAAACAAAUGGAGGAAGUUAAUAGCAAGCCAAAAUUUUUGACAAAAGCUGAACGUGAAGCAGAAGCAUUGCAACGUCGAAAAGAGGAAGUUGAACGAAAACAAAAGGAAUUGAAAGACUUGGAAAAACAACGAAAUAAAUUUCUUAGUGAGGCUCGAAAAUCUGAUCGUGAUAGUAGAAGAGAUCGUGAUCAUAGAAGAGACAGGGAUAGAAGAAGUCGAUCACGUUCAAGAACUCGUAGCAAAGAAAGAGAAGAAAGGCGUAAUGAAAGAAUAGCUGAAAAGGAUAGGGAAAGAAUGCAAGAGGCUAUUAAAACGCGUUAUUUGGGUGCCCCGAAAGAAAAACGUAAAUGGGGACGUCGUUUACACGAACGUAAAUUUAUUUUUGAUUGGGAACCAACAGAUGAUACCUCAAAUGACUACAAUGAUUUAUAUAAAGAAAGGCAUGAAGUUCAAUUUUUGGGAAGAGGUUCAAUUGCUGGAAUGGAUGUAAAUCAACAAAAGAAACAAAAAUCUGAAUUUUAUCAAAAAUUGUUGGAACAACGGAGAAGUGAAGCAGAAAAAGAACAAGAAAAGCAUAGAUUAAAACAACUUCAAAAGAAACAGAAAAAGGAAGAUUGGGAUAAUCGGCAUUGGACAAAAAAAGCUUUAAAUGAAAUGACUGAUCGAGAUUGGAGAAUAUUUCGAGAAGAUUUCAAUAUUACAAUAAAAGGUGGACGUGUCCCAAGACCUAUGAGACAUUGGGCUGAAAUGAAUUUACCUAAAGAUGUCCAUGAUGUUAUUUUGGAAGUUGGAUAUAAGGUUUGCGUUUUUAGAAUUUUUUUAAAAAUUUGGAAGAGGAUGUGGAGGUGUGAUAUUAUGAUGUCAAAACGACGAAAUCUCAAACCCUCUCCAAAAACCGGUGAAUGUCGAAAAUUGUAGGGGUUUUGGCAGGGUUGACAUUUCAAGGGUUGACACUUCUCACUGGCAGGGCAGGGUUGACACUUCUCAGGGUUUGACACUUCUCACUCUAUCAUUUCAUUCUAAACUAUUUUUUGAAUAUUUUUUUCUAUUCUCUCUCGAAUAUCUUCACAGAAAUAUUUAUUUUCUUACAUUUAAAAGCCUGGACUUUUUGUCCGCAAAUAUUUU